CUUGGUUCGCAUGAUCACCCCUCAACAACACGAUACUGCAAUUCGCUACCGGCGUUUUGCCAACCACAGUUGCUCUCGUACCCCUAAGAAAAAAGCAUGACUCUUGGACCCUGGUAGGAUUACUUGGCCGGCACCCACCGCCUGUGGAAUCGCGUGAUGCAUCUGAUUGUCCCGCCUUGAAGCAUCGCUUGUCCUUCUACACGACACUCGUCGCAGUCUCACCGUCACUAUUUUGCAGACAGACGCACGAUACUCUUAUCUUCUCUGGCUCUUAAAGUAUCCCUUUAUUCCUCAAGCAUCAUGCAUCUCCCUACGGCCCUGCUGUCCCUUAUCUCCCUCGGUUCCGCCACCAACCUCCCCUCACCCCAGCGCCUCUUCACCAACCUCAACCAGCACGAUGCCGGCUUCACGAUCCCUACAGUCCACGAGUCUGCCGUCCAGGCGCGUCGUAUCCUCCGCCUCGAGAGCAUCGGCACCCUUUCCACCGUCUUCCCGACGUCUUCGCGCCACACCACCGAAGACCGGCCUUCUGUCGAAGGCGCGCCCAUCGGUUUGAUGGACUACUUCGGCGACUGCGAGCCUGACACCGGUAACCCCACCAUUCUCGCCAUCACGAUUGCGACCUCCUUCAAGAACGUCGACGCCGGCUCCAACAUCACAUUGAGCAUGCGAUGGCACCCUCAGGACAACGUGUGGCGCAGUCCUGCAUCGCUGCCUCGCUUCUCCCUUGUAGGACACUUGGAGGCAAUCAGUGCCGAUGACGCCAGCCAUGCAAGCUUGGCAACUUGCUUCGUCAAGUAUCAUCCUGAUUCUGCCUGGUGGCUGCCUGGAAACAGGAUCCACCAGAGCAAGUGGGUGAGGCUUGUGGUUGAUGAGGUGUACUGGAUCGGUGGUUUUGGAGAUCGUGCUUACAUUGGAUGGAUCCCUACUGAAGACUGGUACAGUGUGACGCCUGAGGAGAUUGAGGCUACCAGGCUUCCUGGUGAGAAGAAGAGCGGAUGGAGCAGCUGGAUGUCGUGGGUCGGCCUUGGAGACGAGGAGACCCUCGAAUUAUAAGUGAGAAGAGCAUUUGUGGCUGGGUGCUUUCGUGAUCAUCGACUGGUUAUAAGGAAAUGAAAGUAUCAGCUAUGCAUUCUGUAGAACGAAAUAUACGCGCUCGACCAGAACGUUCCGCCUUGCCUAUGUCACACUUGUUUUCUUUUCAAGAGAGGGUGGAUACGAGUGAGGAUCCGCUAGAUGUGAAAUUGCAACAAGG